AUGGAUAUGCACCAAACCCCAUGGGCGCCAAUAGCGGGGCCCGGCAAUUACCAACAACAAUAUCGGCCUGCCGUCAGAUACGAUGCUGCUCCCCAAUAUGACGAUGGAACAGCCAAACCACGAACGUCAUACCAAAUCUACCAAGAAAACGAGGGGUGUCAGAAUUUUGACCGUGCAGAUGCUGGUGUCCAAGAUAUUGUGCCAUCUGAGAAACGUUACACGUUGACCUCCAUUGGUUUAGGGAAAAGAUUUACCCGCAAUGCUUUGUCCUGGACAUGCCUCCUAUUAACGACAGUUCUCUUCUUAAUAACCAUAUUAUAUGCUUGCCGACCAAAGUUUGCUGCAAGUUUGCAAACAUUUCGCUCGUCCAGCAGUCGCACCAUUUUUAUUCUCCGGCUGUUAUCCCAAUUGACAGAAUUUUUGCUUGCGGUUUCUUUGAGUAGUGCGUUCGAGAAAAUACAGUGGUACAUCGUUUGGCCGGGAGGAAGAGGAGCUCCGUUCGCGACGGUAUCUGCACUGGUUCCAGGUACGGGAGUGUGGGGACUUUUCCAGAUCGCUUUCAGCAAAUUGGGCACACACUUCUCGGCCCGCUGCUGGAGCAUUGUACGUCUCCUCUCGCUUGCUGUAAUCUUUGCUCUUGGUGUGCUUAUUAUGGGCGAUGUACGAACAGACGUCGGCUUCCAGAUUGUGGCUCCCUCCUCCGAACCCCGAUCUUAUGGCUUCCAGAACUUCAACUCAUCAGCUGCUUCCCUGCUUGCAUUCUCUGCUGAUCAGGUGUUUGGCGUGAGCAUGGAUGAGUUUUUGGUUAAUCCGAGAUUUGUUGUUGACAUCACACCGGUCGAUCGAGGUAACCAAUCUUGUUCAACGGGAUAUGAUAUCAAUAAAGGUCAGGCCUGCACUCGCAACAUAUUCCUCCCCACCAGUGCAGGUUCAGCCCUAGAUGAGACGCACCCUGAAGCCGAUCUUGUUGUUGUUCAGGACGCUAUCGGCUAUCAAUUGGAAUUCACUUCACUGGAUGAAGCCUUCCAAUUUGAUUCGGCGGCCCAUUGCCACAUCUACGGUACCGAUUUUACUGCGUUUCAGUUGUGCUUAAGAUCUGCCUAUGAUGCGAGGAUUGCGGCAAGACUGAACUAUUGCGCCAUAUUUGACGGCCGUAAUGGCAGUUGCUUGUCUUCCACUGAGUGGGCAGAGGCUCCAGGAUGGCGGACCUUGAUGGAAGCUACGCUGCGGAAAGCUGAUGUCGCUUACAGCCGACGUAACAACACUAUCGUCGCUCAUUUUUUCAAAUCGGACAAGAACCCGGCAGCUGUUGAAGCAGGAGAUCUGCUCCAGGCUUACAAUCUCCUCAUCGAUUCAAAGCCCCCACAGGUCUCCUCGGGGUCUGAUACUCUGAACGAUAUAAUCGAGUCCGUCUUUUCUGGCGGUGACCUUGACAACAUCAGCGAUACACUGGCGUCUCUGGUCACGGUUAACAAGCUUUCCGUCUCAAUCCCGUCGGCUUUUCACGUCCUGGAUCUCAUUUACUUGAGCAGCUCGCGUCGUGCAUUCAGGGGCAGUGAGAUACUUCAGAAUCUCUUGGCCAUCCCGCUGUGGUACUGCUCACAGAGCAGUGCCAGCAACGUUGUUUUGUCAGAAGCCGACCCCACCACGUCAUUUCAGACCUUCACCGACAACACACGGCAGGGGCCCGAGGUUUUCCUCGCCAGGUCUGAAUAUAAUCUCACUGUGGGCAGAUGGACUGUCAUGGCUUAUGCUGUACUUGGAGGUGUUGCUAUCGUCUUCUGCUUUGUUGCUUUGACGCUUGCGACCUUCCAUCCGAGGGCGGCCAGCUUGCCAGACGUCACCUUCUUUCCUCUUUUCAACUUUUGGAAAUGGACUGCAGUGAAGGGCGACGUUGAUCCUCGUGCUUCUGAUCGUUGGUCAAGGGAACAGAGGGUGUUUUGUACGAGUGGUGUUUGA